AUGCAAGGAUCUCCACAGGGAGGUUACAGCUAUGAAGCUGAGGAUGUGAUAGACGACAUCAGAUCGAUCUCCAAGAGCUUGAGCGAUGCUAGAUUAGCUUCCAAGGGUGACGUCAGAUCAACUAUGAAGGAUUUGGGAGAUAGAGGCAGAACACAAGGCACCAGUGUAAGGGUAGGAGUAGGCAGCUGUGUUGGUGACGCCAAACAAG